AUGGAAGAGCCUGCUGCUGUCGAGUCUGCAACGGACUCCACCACCGUCUCCCUCGAGAUGGAGAAGCUGCGCUUUUUUCUUGACUCAGAGUUCGCGCAUCAACGCGAGAUGCGGGAGAGGCAGGAUGGCCUGCUUGCCGACAUCUACGACAAGGUGUGUCAGAUCAAGCCGAUGCAUUCCAUGCAGUCCAUGCCCCCGACGCACCCGCGUGCUGAGCCACCGAAGCCUCGAAGCAGCAUACCAAGCGUUGACGACGAGCGGAGCAUUGGGUCGCUCUGCUCGCCUAGUAGCCUCGACGGCCCACGGGCCGGGGCCCGGUCCCGUGCGAACACCGAAGGCUCGGUGUCAUCUGCCAUGGACGGCUCGGGUAUGGACUCGGGUGACGGUGACAUCGACCAGUCUAGUCGUCAGCUUGCGCAGAAACGAAAGCUGCGAAGCAGCUUCCGGAACUCUUUCGUUCGCAGAGAUCAGUUGAAGCACGAGGAAACAGCCGCGGCGGCAUCGCGUAAUCUGGCGAGCUUCAAGGCAUACAGCAUAAAGGCAUCGCCUGAGACUGGCGCCCUGCGUGCCCUCGGGCAAGCAGUGAUCAAGUCGAACGUAUUCACAGGGACGAUCACCUUCUUGAUCUUCCUGAACGUGGUGCUGCUUGGUGUAGAAGUUGACAUGUCUGCUAACUUGGGGCAGGACAAAGUGCCUUCGUGGUUUGGGACAGUGAAUGCCAUCAUCGUCCUGAUCUUUGUUGGGGAGGUCUUUCUCAAGUGCCUGGCGUAUGGCUUGCACGAAUUUUGGUGCGGCGCUGAUUCCAAAUGGAAUAUCUUUGAUUCCGUCAUCAUUGCGGUCUCGGUCGUGGAGACCCUCAUUGACGCUCAGCGUAGCACUGGAUACGUGAGUGCCUUGCGCACCCUGGUGCUGUGCAUCGUCAGUACCAUGGCCUCCCUCGUCUGGACGCUGGUGCUGCUGGUUCUGAUCUUCUACACCUUCGGAGUGAUACUUACUCAGCUGGUCACGGACCAUUGCCGGGACGCCGCCGUCCUCCACAGCGGCGGAGAUCUCAACGCCGUGCCCGAGUGCGAUGCGAGCUUGGCGCGCUACUGGCAAAGUGUGCCCCACAGCAUGCUCACCCUCUUCAUGUCCAUCUCCGGCGGUGUCAGCUGGGAGGACGCGCUGAGGCCCCUGGAGGCCGUCUCGCCACUCGCCGUGGGGCUGAUGGUCUGCUACAUUGUGAUCACCGUCCUGGCAGUCCUGAACGUGGUCACAGGAGUUUUCUGCAACACCGCCAUUGAGAGCGCGCAUGCCGACAAGGACAUCGCUGCCAUCAAGCAGAUCCACAAGCAGGCGGCCCAAGUGCAGAGCUUGCAGAAGAUUUUUCGAGAGAUGGACACGCAGAACUGCAACGUGGUUAGCUUGCAGGAGUUUGAGGAGGCCAUGAGCCAGCAGAAGAUGGCCAGCUUCUUGCAGUCCAUGGGGAUCUCCACGGAAGACGUGUGGACACUCUUCAUGAUCAUGGAUGCAGAUCGAAGUGGCCUCAUUGACCUGGAGGAGUUUGUCUCUGGCUGCAUGAAGUUGUGUGGGCCUGCCAAGAGCUUGCAGUUCGCCAUGAUGAGCUACGAGAACAAGCUCACGCGGCAGGCCUUUCAUGGCAACCCUAAACCCUAA